UGACUUGCUCAGACUGAGUGCGCUCUCACCGCUGCUGCUCUCCAUCCAUCUGUGUCUGUCUUUUAUUCUCUCUUUCUCUACCCAUCACUGACCUGAUCUUUACUCUUUCUCCUCUUCUACACACUUGCUUCCUGUUUCCUCUCUUCAUCUGUACUUCAGGUUUUCCUCCUCUCUAUAUCAACACCACUCUCCGUCUCUCCACACGUACUCCUGAGCCUGAGUGUGCAGCACCUGUGCAGACUGGAGUUUGUCGGGCUGAGGCAGAAGGUUUUUUUUUUAUUUUGUGUGUGUGUGUGUGUGUGUGUGUGUGUGUGUGUGUGUGUGUGUGUGUGUGUGUGUGUUGAACAGGGGAGAGAGGGCAGGCAACACCCAGGAACACCUGACCAACAUUUCAUCAAGAUAUGUGGAGAUUUAGGAACUGAUCUCCUCCUCCAGCUGUUUGUUUAUCUGUUUUUUUUUAUUGCAACACCUGGAAUGCUUAACGUGGACUGAUGGAUGUUUCCGAACUGUGCAUCCCUGACCCUCUUUGCUACCACAACCAGUAGGUUGCUAACCAGAAUGCCCACUGAGGACCGACACCUAUCCUCCAGCUGUGGUUCUUAUGUCAAAACCGAGCCUUCCAGUCCAUCCUCCUCGCUAGUAGACACCGGCAGUCACCACAGUCCCAGUGGCAACUCUGACGCCAGCGGCGGCUACAUUAACGGCGGCAGCAGACACUCGCACGCCUUGGACUCCCCGCCGAUGUUCAACCCAGGCAUGCUCGGAGGCGGCGCCGCCUGCCUACGCCGCUACGAGGAGUGCUCCGGCGUCGUGGCAGACGACUCGCCGAUCAAGUGCGAGUACAUGCUCAAUGCCAUUCCCAAGAGGCUGUGCCUGGUGUGUGGUGACAUUGGCUCAGGGUACCACUAUGGGGUGGCGUCCUGCGAGGCCUGCAAAGCCUUUUUCAAAAGGACGAUACAAGGGAAUAUUGAGUACAGCUGUCCGGCCACAAAUGAAUGCGAGAUCACCAAAAGAAGACGCAAGUCGUGCCAGGCCUGCCGCUUCAUGAAAUGUCUUAAAGUUGGCAUGUUGAAAGAAGGUGUGCGUCUGGACCGGGUGAGAGGGGGGAGACAGAAGUACAAACGGAGGUUGGACGCAGAGAACAGCGCCUACCUCGGCCUCGGAAUUCCCCCUCCAGCCAAAAAGCCAUUGACGAAGAUCGUUUCCCAUCUGUUGGUGGUGGAGCCAGAGAAGAUCUAUGCCAUGCCUGACCCCACCAUGCCCGACGGAGACAUCAAGGCCCUGACCACGCUGUGCGACUUGGCCGACCGCGAACUGGUGGUCAUCAUCGGCUGGGCAAAACAUAUCCCAGGUUUUUCCACUCUCUCGCUGGCAGACCAGAUGAGUCUACUGCAGAGUGCCUGGAUGGAGAUCCUGGUGCUGAGCAUCGUGUUUCGCUCGCUGCCCUGUGAGGACGAGAUCGUGUACGCGGAGGACUACGUGGUGGACGAGGAGCAGGCGAGGAUCUCAGGCCUGCUGGACCUGCACGUCGCCAUCCUGCCGCUGGUCCGACGCUACAAGAAGCUGCGCAUGGAGAAGGAAGAGUUCGUCACGCUCAAAGCCAUCGCCCUCGCCAACUCGGACUCCAUGCAUAUAGAGAACAUCGAGGCCGUCCAAAGGCUGCAGGAUUCUCUCCACGAGGCUCUGCAGGAGUUUGAGGGCUCCCAGCACCCAGAGGACCCUCGACGGGCAGGCAAGUUGCUAAUGACCCUGCCUCUGCUCCGUCAGACCGCCACCAAGGCCGUCCAGCACUUCUACGGCAUCAAAAUGCAGGGCAAAGUCCCCAUGCACAAACUAUUCCUCGAGAUGUUGGAGGCCAAGGCUUGACACCUGGGCCAGAUGUUUGACAGACAGCUGCAUCACUCAAUGGGAGGAGAGGGACAGCCCAUGAAAAAAUAAAAGGUGGUGUGCCAAUUGACAGUGAAAGGAUGAUGCUUGGACUACUGAGUCAUUUUAACACUUUUAAAUGGUUAUAAACAUAAAAGAAAAAGGGACUUGAAAUGGUUUUAAAAAGGGUGAAUAUCAACCUGAUUGACAUGGGAUCACGAUGAUGUAUAUAAAGAUGUUGUGUACAGAAAUCAGGCAACCGAGGUCUUGUUAUAGCCAGAGACCCAUUGCUCUAUAUCACCUGAAGCUUCUGUGAAUUUGUUUCCUAUCUUAUUUUCAUCUCAAAAUGGAAGUAUGUUAAUAUAAAUGUCCUGAAGAACUGUACGGCUACAUAGCCACAUGAUGUGAUUUUUGUUUGUUUCUUUCGUAUUUUCUAAUCUCAGUUGUUAAAGCAAUAGUCUCUAACUGGUCUACAUAUAAUAUGUGUACUGUAUAUUGUGUGAAAUUGCACUUGGCGGGUAGGGGGGAAGAAUUGUUAGACAUAUUCUUAUAUUCGUCAUCAAAGAAAAGCGACCAGGGGUCUGUGAGAUUCUCGAUUUCCUCGUAAAUAUAUUUACCUCGUAGUAGCUUCAUCAACUCAGCGGUUGUAGUCGACUUGGUGCUUACAGAAGGACUCUGGUUGGCUGGGAAUCAUAGUUCACAAAGAGUUUGCACUAAGCAUCUAUGAAUAACGUGGCAAUAAUGAGUGUUGUAUUAAGUCUCAGUCAGUGUUUCUUUUCAUUAUAGACACAAAAUUCACUCCUCACUUCUCUCUGUCUUCAGUGUUACACACAAAUAUUGGCAACUUAGUAUACUGUGAAAAAUACACGCAAGUAAUAUUCUGCGCUGAGAAUUUUAGAGGUUUAUUUUAUCUAAAUACAGGUACAACAACGGCAACAUCUAUGCAGUUUAAUGCAAUCUAAAAUCGCUCUGUAAUGCAACCUGAUAGCCCUGCAAUAAAUACUACCUUUGUAAAGUUUAUAAUGUUCAGUUUGUGUCACAUAGGCGCUGAUUCAACUCCGGUCAUUUUUGAGUCCACAGUUUGUGAUGGUGCGGUAUUAGAUUGCAUUAUAUUGUAUAGGUUUUGCUUUUUCUCGUAUAUCCAUCCCUCUUUGUUUAGGUUGUAGGUUCAGACAAGUGUCACUAUAUUCACAGCAAUAAUGCUACACGUUAAAUAUUGCGGCUCUAUAUUGGGCGUAAUUUCUCCUCUUUUAUGACUUUGCCAACUUUGAAUCUUUCUAUCUUUGAUUGUUGUGAUCUAUCAGGGGGGGGGGGGGGGCAA